AGCAUCCAGACUCCAGGCUGGACAUAGAGAUGGAUUUCAGUCAAAGUGGGAUCAAUGAAAGCACACAGUUCUGUUAUGAAUCAGUGAGUGGUUCAUGUCCUAAACCAAUCAUUUCUAUCAGUAUGCGUGUUGCAAAGUACAUAUUCCUGGUGACAGCAAUAGCAUUAACUGUUUGUGGAAACCUGUUUGUCAUAAUCUCCAUAGCACAUUUCAAGCAGCUUCACACACCCACAAAUUAUCUCACCCUCUCUCUGACAGUAGCUGACUUCCUUCUGGGAGGAUUUAUUAUGCCCCCCAGCAUGAUCAAAUCCGUUGAAAGUUGCUGGUAUUUUGGAGACUUUUUUUGUAAAGUUCAUACCAGUACUGAUAUAAUGCUUUCCACAGCUUCCAUUUUGCACCUGUCCUUCAUUUCAAUUGACCGCUACUAUGCUGUAUGUUAUCCUUUGAGGUACAAAACUACAAUUACUGUAUUUGUCACACUUAACAUGAUUUUCAUUAGCUGGACUGUGUCAGCCAUUGUUGGAUUUGGAAUGGUAUUCCUAGGGUUAAAUAUACAAGGUAUAGAGGAUUUCUAUUACAAGAACUUUGACUGUGUAGGUGGUUGCAUUCUGAUACAAAGUGAAGCAUCAAGAAUGGUUUCCUCUUUCUUCUCCUUUUACAUUCCAGGACUUAUAAUGAUAGGCAUUUAUCUGAAAAUAUUCCUUGUGGCAAGACGACAGGCCAGGUCAAUUAGAGAUACAGAACAACAAAGGCAAAACACUGAAGAAAAGAAAAAUACAACAGCAAAUAAGAGAGAGAGAAAAGCUGCAAAGACACUAGGGACAGUGAUGGGGGUCUUUCUCAUAUCUUGGUUACCAUUUUUCUUGUUCAACAUAAUGGAUCCAUUUUCUUAUUACUCAACUCCACCCCUUUUAGUAGAUGCACUGGUCUGGUUUGGUUAUUUGAACUCAACAUUUAACCCCUUUGUCUAUGCUUUCUUUUAUAGCUGGUUCAGAAAAGCGCUCAGAAUUAUUGCGCUUGGCAAAGUCUUUCAAAACGGUUCUUCAAGAACGAAACUUUUUGACGAGUAA